GCGAAGCUGGUAGCGUAUGACGUAUGUAAGAUCUUUCAUGCUCUCCUGAUACCGUGGUCGGAUUUAACGAUUCAGUUUCUCGUUUGAGUUCUAUUAGGGUUUGGUUAUUUCCAACUAUUUCAUAUGGUCUUUUAACGGGAACACUUGUUAAACCAUGGCUAUUAAGUUUCUCGAAUUUGUGAAGCCUUUCUGUGCUGUUUUACCUGAAAUCUCGAAACCAGACCGAAAAAUCCAGUUUCGAGAGAAAGUGUUAUGGACCGCCAUCACCCUAUUCAUCUUCCUUGUGUGUUGUCAGAUUCCUCUUUUUGGAAUCAUGUCUUCAGAUUCUGCAGAUCCAUUUUACUGGAUUCGAGUGAUCCUUGCUUCCAACAGAGGAACAUUAAUGGAACUUGGUAUCUCUCCCAUUGUGACUUCUGGCCUCAUAAUGCAACUUUUAGCUGGAGCUAAAAUCAUUGAAGUUGGUGAUACCCCCAAAGACAGAGCCUUGUUUAAUGGUGCUCAAAAAUUGUUUGGUAUGAUAAUCACCAUUGGUCAAGCUAUUGUUUAUGUAAUGACUGGCAUGUAUGGUGACCCUGCUGAAAUUGGACCUGGUGUCUGUUUACUCAUUAUCAUUCAAUUAUUUGUUGCUGGUCUCAUUGUACUACUUCUUGAUGAGUUAUUGCAAAAAGGCUAUGGUUUAGGAUCUGGUAUUUCCUUGUUUAUAGCUACCAACAUUUGUGAGACAAUUGUUUGGAAAGCUUUCAGUCCUGCUACAGUCAAUACUGGGAGAGGAACUGAAUUUGAGGGUGCUAUCAUAGCUUUGUUCCACCUUUUGGCUACACGGCAUGAUAAAGUUCGGGCUUUGCGAGAAGCUUUCUACAGACAGAACCUGCCAAAUUUAUUAAAUCUUAUGGCCACUAUUUUUGUAUUUGCCAUUGUCAUCUAUUUCCAAGGAUUCAGAGUCGAUUUACCCAUCAAGUCAGCCCGUUACAGAGGACAGUAUAGCUCAUACCCCAUCAAGUUGUUUUACACAUCAAAUAUUCCUAUUAUUCUUCAAAGUGCUUUAGUAUCUAAUUUGUACUUUAUUUCUCAGAUGUUGGCUAAUAAAUUUCACGGCAAUAUCUUUGUAAAUCUUCUAGGAAUUUGGUCUACUGAAGGAGGUGGCCCUGCUCGUUCAUAUCCAACUGGUGGGUUGUGUUACUACCUAUCUCCUCCGGAUACUUUAACGCAUGUUGUUGAAGAUCCCAUACAUGCGUGUGUCUAUAUUUUCUUCAUGUUGGGAUCGUGUGCGUUCUUCUCAAAAACAUGGAUUGAAGUCUCAGGUUCCAGUGCUAAAGAUGUUGCUAAACAGCUUAAAGAACAGCAGAUGGUAAUGAGAGGUCAUCGAGAGAAGUCCAUGAUCCAUGAAUUGAACCGUUAUAUCCCCACAGCAGCCGCCUUUGGUGGACUUUGUAUAGGAGCCUUAUCUGUUUUGGCUGAUUUCUUAGGUGCCAUUGGCAGUGGAACUGGUAUUUUAUUGGCCGUUACAAUCAUCUAUCAAUAUUUUGAAAUCUUCGUCAAGGAACAGAGUGAAAUGGGUGGAAUGAGCACACUUCUAUUUUAAGUUUAUUUCCAAUUUGAGUGACAGAAGAAAUGAAAGCUUACAACUUUAUUCUGUUUAUUUUGUCUUCACACACAAACACAUUCAUACUUUGGAAACUAUUAUUGUCAGCUUGUGGGCACAGUUUAGACAUGGCCAUUUGCUUAUCCAAGUUGUUAGCUGACUGGCUAAUAAUUACAUUCUCACCUGUGCUUUAUUAAGCUUUUUGUUUUGAAGUAGGUGAGUAUGCUGAGCCUUGCCAGUUGCUACAGCUUGACUUCUGUGUAUGUGUGUGCAUGUGUGCACACCCAUCUUUGGAUGACGCUCACUCCUGAAUCUUCUGCAACAUUUACCUCCCAAAUGUCAUAUCAAAACUCUGGCCAUUUCUAGGUUUUACUAGCCUACUUUCUUCACGAUCCUAAUAACAUAAGGAUAGGGGCAAAAUACAUAAACAUGUUGGAAACCCUGCAAACUAACCAAACCACUUCUAAAACUUCAGUCUUGUACAUUCUUCAAUGUCUUUGACCAUACAUAUAUCAGGAGUUGCCUAAUAGAACUAAAUGGUAAACAAGAAACUAGGAAAAAAAUUUUUAUUUAAAAAAAUAAUAAUCAAAAUAAAUAAGAAAAUCCUGAAAGACUUUAGUUAAAAAAAAAAAAAACAGGAAAGACAAAAAAAUCUGAAACUGUUCUUUUGUUUUGUUUCCAUACUGAGGUUUGUUUCUUGAAUUGUAUUUGAGACAAGUUAUAUUUUUGUUUUAAAUUUUGUUAAUAUUUAGUAUUUCAAGGAUCAACCUAAUCAAGCCAAAUAAGCUUGCAAGUAUUCUCUAGAAAUCAUUGUUUGUCAAGUAGUUUAAUGCAGCCUGGAAAGUUUAGCCAAGAUCUUUUAGCUUAUCUCAGCAAAUAAUCAUUGAGGACAAUGUGUGCAAUAUCAACACACUACUUCCACUCACUCUAGACCUGGUUGGUCAUGUAAAUAUACAACUUACUCAACUAACCAAAUUAACUGAAAAGCUUUAAGAAUAUUCUAAUAUAUUAUCUUCCUACAUCUCAUUUCUGGUUCUAAUGAAUAUAUCUGCUGAGUGUAUUUCCCCUUACAAAAAUUAUUUUUAGUUUAACAUUCCACUCCAACACUACACAUAAAUGGUCCAAGUUGACUCCUAACAACUCUUCUUUGGAAUGGGUAUUGGAUAUUAACUGGAUUGUAAACAUUGCAAAAAAUCAAUGAAUUUUACUUUUAUUUUCACAGAUGUAUCAUAGCACCAGAAAAGGAGUAAAGUAUUGUCUAGAGUUUUAAGUCUUUUACCAAAUUUGCAUGUUUCAUUCAUAUUAUUUCCUAGAACUUUGACAGCCAAUAAUUGGUUUAUUACAUGUUCAUUAAGAAUUUCUUUAAUGACAUAAAAACGGUUAGGUUAGAAUCAUCCCACAUAAUUUUAACAGUACACUUAAGACCAUUGAAUAAGUGUACUCGUCUUAAAUUAAUUUCACCAGAUUCUUUCCUUACAUUUUUCUCUCUAAAACUCCAUUUGAAGUAAAUUCUGUAACUCACUGUUCACAAGCUGCUAUUAACAAACAACAAUGUAUGCCUUUUUCAAAUACAAUUGCCUCUACAUUGAAUCUUCUUAUAUAAACCCUACUCUCUGUUUGUUGCUGUUCGCAGAUAUUACAUUUUGAUAAAAAAAAAUAUCCUUCAAUAUGAUAUGGUGCUCUAUUUGUCUUCUUCAAGAUGUUCAGAGUCCUGUCUCUCCCAACUGCUCUCUGUAAGUGUUGCUGAUGAACUGGUAAAUAAAUAUAAAAUAAAUAUGAAAGAUGUGUUUGGGGAACAAGUUUCCUGUGUGGUCAAAAGUUGGUUUCUCUUUAUUUUAUUUUUUACAGAUGACCCCUAAACAGCUCCCUGGUUCUUUUCAUAAUUUAAGAUAUCUAUUUUUUGCCAAAUAAUGACAAGAUUGAGCUGCUGAACACAACUGAAAAUAUUGUCUUCUCAGACUUUGCUGCAUUCAUUGAUUUGUUUUAUUGAGUCAAAGUGCAUUACUUUGCUUAGUUCACAUUGAGUAAAUUGAUAGUAAAUUUGAUGGCCGUGUGGUUAUUUUCUGUUGGAAAACAUGUUGAGGAGUGGAAUGUAUUUACUUAUGGUGAUUUCUGUAUUAUUACUAGUUAUUCUAUAUUAUUACUGAAAACUGGGACUUUCUGUUAUACAUAGAUUACCUUGCUUGGAAACAGGUGAGGGUUGAUGACAGAAAAGCAUCUUGCUAGAAAUCUACCUCAAUGAAUUUCGUCUAAACCAUGCAAGCAUGGAAUAAGUGGAUGUUAACGAUUAUAUAUAGUGUGGUUACAAACAAUUCUCUCUAGGUUUACUUUUAACUCUAUUCAGCUUUGUAGAAGUGAAAGUUUUUAUGUGUGAAUGAGACAUCUUUACUGCCUGAAACUUGAUUUAAUAAAUUUGAAAUUUAAUA